UGAAACGGUAACGUUGCGCUUCUUAUUGCAUCAGUUACAAUUAUUGCUUGCUACUAUGAACAUAUCUUUGGAAGAGCUGCAGGCUUUUUUAAGGGCUGAUCAAGCCGAGGGAGAUCGCAAACAAGCCGCACAGUAUCGCUUCGAUCGUCAAACGUUGCCUAUCCGACAAGCAAUACGGAAAGUAUGGCAGCGGCACGGGGUGCUUGAGCCCAUAGAAGGAGUCUGGAUGCGACCAAUUCCUGACAACUUAUAUCAAUGCCCUCUGUCUCAUCCCCAAACUUCCUUGGUGUGCUGGAAUACACUGGCUGCGCCGGUCCAGGCACAAAUCAGUCACCUGAAACCAGCAAACGAAACGGAUGUCGUAGAAAUUCCCUUUGUGCUGCUGCAGCCAGAGAAGCAAGGUACGAAUAGAAGCGUAAAUGGAGGACACAGUCGUCCUCUUAACGGAAAUUUGAGCGACAAGCUUUCUGAAUAUACGCGAGGUGUGGCCGGUCAAAGCCGACCGUUCCUGCCCGGUGGUGUUGACGAUGACGACGCCUUUUCGAACGUGGAAGAUCCAUAUCGCACUCCGGAGGCAAUUCAGCGAGCGCACGCUCCAUUGAAAAAUGGGAUCAAGAAAUCCUGGCAAGACGGAACUCUCAUUACGGCACCUCCAGGGGUGAGUUUCAAGGUCGGAUUGUCUUGGCAGAAUUUGCACAGUGAUGUCGAUGGCAGCGAGACCAAGACAUCAGCUAAUGUUGUCGCUGCUGAGAGCGAAGUCAAACUCGUCUCUAGAAUAGAUGAUUUAGGGUACACUAGGAAUGAUCCCCAGGAAUCGGCGACGAAUUUGUCAACAACAAUGGGAACCUUCGACCGACGCUUUUUCGACGACGAUUCACUAUUUGCAAGUAGUGGCGAGGACAGUGCGGGAGAGUUUGAUUCGGGCGACGACAGCAGCGAUGAAGGCCAGAAUGCUAGCGCUUCAACCUUAAGAGAGGAGAUCAUGUUGGAGGCAUCCAAAGCGGAAGGAAUAACUGCAGCUGACGUAGUCACCGACACUGAACGAGAGCUGGAUGAUCUUUUGAGGGAUCUCACUGCUUCCGGCAAUGGAGCUACGACGCGCAAAAAGAUC